UAAACAUUACAACCUCCCUUUGACAUUUCACAAUACCACAACACGACGGCAUUUUCACGCAGUCAAUUUUAUAAAAAAAAUCCUUCCGCACGGGUGGAGUGGCGAAAGAUUCUUUCUUGGGUCUUUAAUCGGUGUUGCAAUGGAAAACCUAACUUUAAGUGAACUGUACACUUCAGAAAAACGGGGCAACGAUGAAACGGGCAAAGGCACCUCGGAAGAACCGUUCAAAACGAUCCUCCAAGCGAUGAAGCAUGCCGGAAAGGAACCGUUCCCUACCAUCUACGUCGAUAGCAAGGAUGAAAAGUCCGAUUCACCGUACGAGGUGGCCGCAAAGUCGCAGUUGAAGAAAAUCCAGAAGAUCUGGGUUCGCGACAACCUUAAGGGCGACAAGCAGAAGCGCGAGGAGGAGGAGAAAGCCAAGAACCGUGAACAGAAUCUGGAAGAGGCGAAAAAGAUCACCAUCCAGGAGGAUCCAUCGUGGUCGGCAGCCAAAUCGAUUAAGAUUACUCACGGCGCCGAUAAUCGAGGUGUGCGCGUACGUAUUUACGGCUGGGUUCAUCGACUGCGCCGACAGGGCAAGGGUUUGAUGUUUAUCACGCUGCGAGACGGAACCGGCUUUCUGCAAUGCGUGCUGACGGAUACCCUGUGCCAAACGUACAACGCGCUCGUACUAUCGACGGAAUCAUCGGUACAGCUGUACGGCACGCUGAAGGAGGUACCGGCGGGCAAAACUGCCCCAGGUGGACACGAGCUGCAUGUGGACUACUGGGAGCUGAUUGGGCUUGCACCGGCAGGUGGUGCUGAUGCAAUUCUGAACGAAGAAGCGCACCCGGACGUGCAGCUUGACAACCGUCAUAUCAUGAUCCGUGGAGAGAACACGUCCAAGAUUCUGAAGAUGCGCGAUGUGGUCAUGCAAGCUUUCCGUUCGCAUUACUUCGACCGUGGGUACACGGAAGUAACCCCACCAACUCUCGUUCAAACGCAAGUGGAAGGUGGUGCCACACUGUUCAAACUGGACUACUUCGGUGAGGAGGCUUACCUAACACAAAGUUCCCAGCUGUACCUCGAAACGUGUGUUCCUGCGCUGGGAGAUGUGUUUUGUGUGGCGCAAAGCUAUCGUGCUGAGCAGAGCCGUACACGGCGGCAUUUGGCCGAAUAUAGCCACAUCGAGGGCGAAUGUCCCUUCAUUACUUUCGACGAUCUGCUCGACCGUCUUGAGGAUCUGAUCGUGGAUGUUGCUGAUCGUGUACUGAAAUCACCGUGGGGCUACAUGGUACAGGAGCUGAACCCGGGCUUCGUUUUACCGAAACGACCGUUCCGUCGUAUGAACUAUGCGGACGCGAUUGUUUGGCUGAAGGAGAACAACGUCACGAAGGACGAUGGCACUUUCUACGAGUUCGGUGAAGAUAUUCCCGAGGCACCGGAACGCAAGAUGACGGACACGAUCAACGAACCGAUCAUGUUGUGUCGCUUCCCGGCCGAAAUUAAAUCGUUCUACAUGGCCAAAUGUGAGGACGAUCAGCGCCUUACCGAGAGCGUGGAUGUGUUGUUGCCGAACGUGGGUGAAAUCGUCGGUGGAUCGAUGAGGUCCUGGAAGUAUGACGAACUGUUGGAUGGCUACAAGCGGGAAGGCAUCGACCCGAAGCCGUACUAUUGGUACGUCGAUCAGCGUGUGUACGGUUCGCAACCGCACGGUGGUUAUGGUUUGGGAUUGGAACGAUUCCUCUGCUGGCUACUGAACCGCUACCAUAUUCGUGAGGUCUGUCUUUACCCACGGUUCAUGGAACGUUGCAGACCAUAAACUCGCUAAAAGCCGAUGAGCACGGUUCGCUUUUAACGGUUCUGCAUUUCGUCUACGCAUUGAUUGCUUCAAAAGUUCUCAAACAUUAAACAAUAAAGACAAAACUUACAUAGCAUCCAAA